CUCCCGUCCCUCCCUCCCUCCUUCCUGUCUACCCGCCUCCUCUCCCAAGACCGGCCUCCAGCCCCUGGGUGCUGCAGCCUGCUUACUGAAGCUUGGCUCGCGGGGCAACUGGCACAGCUGGCCCGAGCCGCAGCUGCCAUGGAAUCCAACGGAGACUUCCUGGCCCUGCACGGCCUACAGGAUGAUGGGGACUUGAAAUUCCUGCUGAAAGGCUCCCAGCUCCAGAAAGUCAAGUCCAGCUCAUGGCGGAAAGACAGAUUCUACAAGCUACAGGAAGACUGCAAGACGAUCUGGCAGGAGUCGAAGAAGAUGAUGCGCUCUCCGGAGUCCCAGCUCUUUUCCAUCGAAGACAUCCAGGAGGUGAGGCGGGGCCACCAGACUGAGGGCAUGGAGAAGUUUGCCCGGGAUGCCCCCGAGCACCGGUGUUUCUCCAUCAUCUUCAAGGGUCAGAGAAGCAACCUGGACCUCAUUGCAGGGUCAGAGGCAGAAGCGCAGCACUGGGUGGAUGGUCUUCGCAAGAUCAUCUUGCAUGCAGACUCCAUGAGCCAGAAACAGAAACUCCAGCACUGGAUUCACUCAUGUCUUCGGAAGGCAGACAAGAACAAAGAUAACAAGAUGAGCUUCAAGGAGCUGAAGAGUUUCCUGAAGGAAGUAAACAUCCAGAUGGACGACAGCUAUGCCUGGAAGAUCUUCCAGGAAUGUGACAAAUCCCGGACAGAGUCCUUAGAGGAUGAUGAAAUCGAGACGUUUUACCUGAUGCUAACCCAGCGGGAAGAGAUUGAUCGGCUCUUUAGGGUCAUCUCAGGCUCCGGGAAGACCCUGUCAGUGGACCAGUUGGUGACCUUCCUACAGCAGGAACAGAAGGAAGAGGAGGCCGGUCACCAGCUGGCCCUGGCCCUCAUUCAGAGAUAUGAGCCCAAUGAGGCUGCCAAGCAGAAGAAGCAGAUGACCAAGGACGGCUUCCUCAUGUACUUGUUAUCUGCCGAUGGGAACGCCUUCAGCCUGGCCCAUCGGAAAGUCUACCAGGACAUGAACCAGCCACUUAGCCACUACCUCAUCUCCUCCUCCCAUAACACCUACUUGAUGGAGGACCAGCUCACCGGGCCAAGCAGCACGGAGGCCUACAUCCGGGCAUUGUCCAAGGGUUGUCGGUGCGUGGAACUGGACUGUUGGGACGGCCCCAACAUGGAGCCAGUGAUCUACCAUGGUUAUACCUUCACCUCCAAGGUCCUCUUCUGUGAUGUCAUCAAGGCCAUCAAGAACUAUGCCUUUAAGGCGUCACCAUACCCAGUGAUCAUCUCCUUGGAGAAUCAUUGUAGUGUGGAGCAGCAGAGAGUCAUGGCCCACCACCUCCGCACCAUCCUGGGGGACUUACUGCUUGACAGACCCAUGGACAACAUGGUGACAAACUUCCCUUCCCCUGAGCAACUAAAGAAGAAGAUUUUGGUGAAGGGGAAGAAGCUGGGGGGCCUGCUGGCCAGCCUGGGGGCCUCAGAGGCCACUGACGUCUCGGAUGAGGACGAAGCUGCCGAGAUGGAGGACGAGGCCGUGAAGAUGGAAGUGAAGCAGAAGCUUGCUAAUGACAAGCUCAAGUUGGCCAAGGAGCUGUCCGACUUGGUCGUUUACUGCAAAAGCGUUCACUUCAGUGGCUUCCAGGACCCGGCCUUCUACGAGAUGUCCUCUUUCACAGAGAACCGAGCUCUCAAACUGGCCCAGGAAUCAGGAAACAACUUCAUCCGUCAUAACAUCAGGCAUCUGAGCAGGAUCUAUCCUGCUGGCUGGAGAACAGACUCUUCCAAUUACAACCCUGUGGACAUGUGGAACGCUGGCUGCCAGAUCGUGGCCUUGAACUUCCAGACACCAGGGAUGGAGAUGGACCUGUACCAAGGCCGUUUCCAGGACAAUGGGUUCUCUGGCUAUGUUCUGAAGCCUGCAUUCCUUCGGGACCCCGACUCCAACUUCAACCCCCGGGCUGUGGGCGAGGGGCCGUGGUGCAACCGGCAGAGACUUCGAGUCCGGGUCAUCUCUGGGCAGCAGCUGCCCAAAGUGAAUAAGAAUCAAAAUUCAAUUGUGGACCCCAAGGUGACAGUGGAGAUUCACGGGGUUACCCGGGAUAAUGACAGAAGGGAGACUGCCGUGAUAAGCAACAAUGGCUUCAACCCAAUGUGGGACGUGGAGUUCAAGUUUGAGGUGGACGUCCCUGAGCUUGCCCUGGUCAGGUUUGUGGUGGAAGAUUACGAUUCAUCUUCCAAGAACGACUUCGUGGGCCAAUGUACCAUCCCCUUCUUCAGCCUCAAGAAAGGUUACCGCCACAUCCACCUCCUGUCCAAGAACGGGGACCAGUAUCCGUCAGCCACGCUGUUUGUGAAGAUUAACACGGAGGACCAUGGGCGGAGGGUCCAGGACGGCCUCCCUGCCGGGGAGUGACCAGAGGCUGUGACUUGCAAGAAACCAGCGGCCCUUUGCCCACUUGGAGCCCUGCCAGGUCUUCCAGCUAUGGGGCCCUGGGCCAUCUUGGGACCAAUGAGAAGGGAAAGGUGCCCCGCUAGGCCCUGACAAUGAUUGGAAGGGCCCUGAGCUGGGGAAUUGGACCCUGGGGAGGCCUCUCAGGCUACCCAGCGGGAAUCACUGCUGUGGAUAAGCCUGGGUGACGUCCCCUCCUCCCACUUCUGAGCUGAAGGGGCCCAAAGGACCUGAGAGUGCAGAGUCCUUCAUGUCCCAGACCGACCCUGUGCGCCCUCACUCAGACGGACUGACUGACUCCUCCCAGAAGGCCUCCAGAUGCGUCUCCAGCCACCCCUUGGGCGCUGCCUCCAGGGGAUCUGGGCCUGGCAGACUGAGGAGGUCCCCUGGGCUCCGCGGACCUCCGCGGUCGGUCACGAGUUCUAUCUGGUCAAUUCCAGUAGAGUCGAGUUACACUACAGCUGUCCUGCGCUUGGACGCCGCCUUUGGAGUUUAAUAAAGUUCGAGUGCCCUCAUGCUCCAGUGAACAGAACCUCUUCCCCUUA